UCCGCUCACCUCGUUCAACCUGCUCCGGACUCCUGUAUCUCGGGCGGGGGGGAAAUGACGUUCCCGAUAAGAAGGUAUAUUUACGCGAUGCUCCUCGCAGCGAGCUCAGCGGCGGCUGGGAAGUACGUAGCCGUGCAGGAGGCUCUGACCUGGCACGCUGCGGAGUCAUACUGUCGGAAUAACUUCAUCGAGUUCGCCUCCUUCUCCAGCAGCAAGGACAUGGAUGAGAUCCACAAGGCGGUACAGGGAAUCACUGAGAGAGAAUUCUGGGUGGGACUGUAUCGUGAAGAGACCAACGAGGAGCAAUGGCGCUGGUCUAGGGGCGGCAACGCCACCGGCCUGCGCUGGGCGAACUACCAUCCGAGCAGUUCGAAGCACAAGGCUGCCCUAAGGCUGAACGUACAGAAUGACAAUUACUGUCUGGUCAGCAGGAUGGGUGCUGAGAACAAAUACUUCCUCUGCCGGAACUGGGUGGUGGUGGUGACGGAGCGGAGGACCUGGGAGGAAGCGCUUGAGUACUGCCGGGAGAAGCAUGACGACCUCGCCAGCCUGGCCUCCGAGAGGGACCUGCGGGUUGCUAGCCGUGAGAUCAGUGAGGCCGAGAUCGAUGAGCGUGUGUGGGUGGGGUUGAGGCACUUCGGGGCCCGCUGGAUGUGGUUGAAGGGGGAGCUGCUGGGAAGCAACGCCUCCCUGAGGAUGAGCCUGCAGGGGCAGCCCUGCUCCACCUGUGAGACGCAACAGUGCUACACUUGUGGAUCCCUGAGCCCCAGCGGAGAGCUGCAGGGCCGCGACUGCAAGACCGAGCUGCAAUUCCUGUGCUACUGAGGGGAGAGCUGCACUUCCUGUGCUGCUGAGGAGAGCGCUGCACUUCCUGUGCUGC